AUGAGCUCAAUCUUGUCAAAAACGUACUACAACGUAGAGAGCCAUCAGCCUGAGAGCCUGGAUUGGUUCAAUGUGUUGGUUGCGCAGACGAUAGCGCAAUUUCGAAGCGACGCCCAGCACGACGAUGCGAUUCUAAUUAUACCUGUGGAUGAGGACGGGCUCGAUCUUGGCAGCGGACGCGGACUAGACUUCGGCACGGCUGCGAGGGAAGGCGCCAGGUUACAGGCGAGGAUGGAUGUCGACCUCAGCGAUGUUCUCACCCUGGCUCUGGAGACUAAGCUGCUCCUCAACUACCCUAAAAAGCUUUCCGCCGUGUUACCAGUUGCACUCGCUGUGUCGGUCGUCCGUUUUAGCGGGACUCUUUCCAUAUCGUUUAUCCCUGGGAACCCUGCGCAAUCCACCCCCGCAACCAUGUCCUUCAACUUUCUGGAUGACUACCGGCUAGACCUGUCCGUCCGUAGUCUUCUAGGUAGCCGAUCUAGGCUGCAGGACGUUCCGAAAAUCGCCCAACUUAUCGAAGCCAGGCUGCACAAAUGGUUUGAUGAGCGCUGUGUCGAACCUCGCUUCCAAGAGAUAGCGCUCCCUAGUCUCUGGCCGCGCAAGAAGAAUACAAGAGGCCCAGACGACAGUCUAGGAGACAUAGGAAGCACAUCUAUUGGUAAAAGCCGAGGACUAGAUCUCAAUCACGAGCCAGAGGAGGAUGUGCGACAUGCAACCGAAGCCAAUGUUGAAAGGGAAGACGAAGACACCUCGUUUUCGUCGUUGCGUAUGCGAAGGCGUGCGGGAGGGAACUCAGAGUUCUCCAUGCCUGGUGCCCUGCCCCUCUAUGACAUGGGCUCUCAAGGCCCUAUCUCUGCACCCCUACCUAGGUGCAUGAAAUAG